AGUGCCGCAGUGACCCCGCCAGGCGCAUGUUCUUGCUUCUUCUACCUAUCAUCUCUAUUUUAUACAACUUGGAUACCUGUAGAGCAUCUCUUCAAAAGUUGUCUUUUAGCCUUCUUUCUUUUUUCAUUGUGUACAAGGGUUACCUUUUUGGGCUUAUUUGAUGAUGUUAUGUAAGCAGAAAAAGUCUGGCAAUGGGCAUGCAGGGGAAACGCUGUUUCUCCCUGUCGCCAUCGACGAGGUACUAGGCCGGGUUCAGUCCUGUGCUCUUUUUCAUUCUGGAUACCGGAAUUUUUUAUUUCGCCCCUUAAAGCUCUUCUACUUACCCAACUCUACCGAUAAUCGAGAUGGAUCCUCAAUACAGCACCCCAUCACAGGAAGCCGACGCAUACGGACCCCAGCCCCAUCCAUACCUUCACGAACCACUUUUGUACAUUUCGAAUCUUCCUGCUUAUGUCUCUGAUGAAAACCUUGCUAUUGCUUUCGUUACCUGCGGCCCAUUCAGACCAAAAAUUGUUCGUGAUGGGAGCAGCAGCCUGCUGUCCGGCACAAUCGAGUUCAAGUUUCUCGAGAAAGCCGAGAAAGCUUUGGCCACUCUUCAGUCACGUCCAAUUCCAGGCCUACAGGCCCCCGUGCCUCUUGUAUUGUCCCCGUACCCCCCGACGAACCCGCCCACGCCUCUUCCGCCUCCAUCUGCCCUUCCGCGGCUCGUGAAACAUUUACCUAUUGGAUACACCGAUUCCCAGCUAUUUGACAUAUUCCGACCAUAUGGCGCACUUGCGUCUGCCCGCACUCACACCCACUUUGGUCCCGAUACUGGCAUGGUCGAAUUUUGGAAUGAGGACGACGCCAGGAAUGCCGAAGAAGCCAUGCACUGUGCCGAUGUCGAGGGUCAGAAUAUCGCUGUCCAGGUGUACCAACAAAGAAGGACGAGCGGUGGUGUGGGGGAAUUCAAUACUGCUGCACCCACCUUCAUCCCUUCGGGAUCCAUGUAUACAUAUGGCGCCCAAUACUCUCCCCCUACCCCGCCUCAUCGCCAGUCAUACAGUCCUCGAAGCCCCCCUGCGCCUAUUCCCUUCGUACACGGACCGGGCCAACAGGUUCAAUUGGCUCCUGUGUCCGGGCCAGGAUCUAGUAGCCAUAGUGGGCUGAUUGACCCUUGUAAUUUGUUCUGCAAAAACCUUGACUCUGACAUUGAUUCAAAUGCUCUCUUUUCGCAUUUCCGUCAUUUCGGUCAAAUCGUCAGUGCUCGUGUUAUGCGUUCCGAGAAUGGCGAAAGUCGAGGUUUCGGCUUCGUCUCGUAUCAGACCCCUGAUCAAGCGGCCGCGGCCAUGCAUGCCAUGAACGGCGUAACAAUCGGCAGCAAGCAAAUCGCUGUGCGAUUGCACGAGCCCAAACAGCUGCGACAAGAGAAGCUAGCUCAGCGUUUCGGUGGACAUAAUGGACAUCCCAGGAAUUCUAGCGGUGCUACGAGUCCUACGCUCAGUGAAGGUGCAGAAAGCAUUGGCGGGUGGGGAAGUCCUCGUCAGCGAUCCAUCAACCUAGGAUCUCCGCCUGGCAGUCACCACGAGAGGGCCGAGCGAGGUAGAAGGGGCAGUGGGAGCUAUUAUAACGCUGCUCUGUCCGGCACACUCAAUCUCCCUAUGCGCUACGACGAGCUUGCUGGACUCUCGCCUGUCGUUCGUAAAGAAGUUCUGACCGGAGACCUCAGCCGCCGUGUCAAGACCCUUGGAACAGUCGAUACCCCAGACAUUGACGCCGUAGUGGAAGCGCUGCUCAGCAGCUCCUUGAGCGAGGUCGUCCAAUGCAUCGAAGACCCCGAUAAGCUAUCUGAGCAUGUUGAGAGCAUCAAGCGCAGCCUCCGUCUCUCUGAAGCUUCGCCGCCAAAGUCUCGAUCCCCUUCAGCGUCAGCAUCUCAGGACUCCAUUGAUCCUAAUGGUCUUGCUGCAACAGCGAGUGCCCCUGAAUACCCUUCCACUCCCAUAUCCGCCAAUGGUUCUUUAGCCACCCCCCCUAGAACGUCAUCCCCCUCUGGUUCUGUUCCUCCGACAUCCGAGAGAGAUCGGAUGAUCGCAGCUGUGAACAAGUUUGAAUCUUCUCGUCAGGGCGAGCUUACUGAGCUGCUGAUGAGCUUGCCGAAGCGCGAGCGUGCGAUGUGCCUAUUCAACGUUGAGAUUCUUCGUGCGAAACUGGCAGAUGCGAAGAUGGUGUUGGAUAGCGAAGACGGAGAGGAGGAGGAACAACCGGAGGUUCCCCAACAAGUACCCGUCACGCCGCAGAACAAGAAGACGACACCUCCAAAGGUGGAGGAGUCUCCACAGACGCCUGAUCUCUCGUCUCGAGGACCAUCCGCGACGGCAUCGCCUUUGCCUGGAACCCCUUCUGGGCCCACAUACACGAUUGCAUCACUUGCGAGACUGCCAGCCGCUGAGGUUGUUAGAUUGGCAUCAUCUUCUCAUGCAGCUCUACCGAUACCCAAAGCCGACCCGUCAAUCGUUCAAGCUACCGAUGCCUUUAUCGACGGACUUUUGGAUAAGCCAACAAACCUGCAGAAACAACAAUUAGGCGACAAGUUAUUCAAGGUUGUCAAAUCCUUCGGUAUCAAAGCUGCGCCGAAAGUUACUAUCGCUCUCCUUGAUCAAGAAGAUCUUCGCGCCCUCGCACAUCUCAUGAACAGUUACCCCAGUGUCUUGAAAGAUAAAGCUCAGGCAGUGGUCAUUAACAAAUAA